GGGGACACAAGUGUAUUUCACAGUCUGUAAGUUACCCAGUUGUACACCUCCUAUGUGUCUGUCCAUGCAGUGCUGACUUCCCCAUACAAGAAGGUUCAAUAAGCCCAGCAGUGCUGAGUUCAGUCCCUGAACUAUAAAAGACUUCAUGGAUGACUGGACAUUGGAGUGGCUCUUUGUCUUUUGAGAGGCAAAGGCCUCAGUUCAAGUGUCCUAUUGACAUGUAAAUAGAGGGAUGGUAUAUAUGGGAAUUCCAUCAGUGGCAGCAUUACAGCAACAAACUCUUGUGCCUUGUGUAGUCCAAGUCUCCUUCUCCUCCACCAUGGUGACCCACACAGAGUCCAGAGAACCCAGCAGCUUCAGGAAGGUUUCUAAACCAUUGAUGGAAAAGAAGAGACGAGCCAGAAUCAAUGUAUCCCUAGAGCAGCUCAAAUCUCUCCUGGAGAGGAAUUAUUCCCAGAAUAUCAGAAAACGCAAACUGGAGAAAGCCGACAUACUGGAGCUAACCGUGAAAUAUCUGAAGACCCUUCAGAGUUCAGUACAAGCAGCCGGUCCCAUCUUCAGGAGUGCCGACUACCAUGCUGGCUUCAGGAAUUGUCUGAACAGCGUCAGCCAGUUUCUAAUAAAGUCAGAGGAAUAUGUCCCCCCUUCCUCUCUGGGUCUAAUCCAAGACGUGUCCUCACUUCAUCCUUCUUCUAAUGGAGCCGGGUUCAGGACCAAGGACAGCAGCAUCACCUGCAGUGCAGCAUCCAAAACUGUCAUCCCCCAGGACCACCAGCUCCCUGCCAACCUGAGCCAACCUGGUGCCAUCAACAAACCCACUAAGCUCAGGACAAUGCCACACCAGCCACUGCCAUGCCAAACAAACAACAGUUCCCCCCAAGCUCUGUCACCGAGCCUUAGUCCCAAUGUACUGGCUGCUCCAGACCAGAGCGUAUGGAGACCCUGGUGAAAGCGCAGCUACAAAGACUAUAUAUAUAUCUAUAGCUCCCUAGGAGAGAGAAGAACAUGUUCUUUAUAAGAAUAUAAAUUAUUUUGUAUAUGCCAGACAUAGGUUCCACAUUUGUUUGUCUAAUUGUGUAGAUUACAAAGGCUUUUAUUUAUAAGAAUUGUGCAUUUUAUGCCGGUUUUCACAAUAAAUUUUAUUUUUUACAGAA